UUAUACAGACGAAGUUUUCUGUCACUAAUAAGUUGAUCUAACAAUUAAUUAACUAAUUUUGUAUAAACCUACGAUAGAUAUGAUAAUAUUUAAUAAUUUGGAAAAACUGAGCAAAUGGAACUCGAGAAUAAAAGUUUUAAAAUUUGCUCAAAGAAGGCUAGCCUCAAGCAAAAUUAAUAGCAACGUAAACCUUCAAAUGUAUACAGCUCAGCAACAACUUACAAUAAUAAACACUCUGCAUAACUGUGUUAUAAAUAAUAUCACCAGGACGUAUUUAAACGAGAAGAGAUUACAAAGUCUCAAGCCUUUGUUUGAAGGGACCCCAGUACCGACAAACCUAGAAGCCUUGUUGAAUGUCAGUGGUCUCGGCCCAAAGCUGCUGCACAAGAUUUGUGACAGUAUACUCAGGGAUUCAACCACUGAUGUGUCAGAAGAAGGAAAAGACAGAUCCGAAGACUCUAGCAAACAAAUUCAGAAACUCAGGCUGCCAGCUGGUUUAGUUACUCCUUCAUUUAUAUCACAGGUUGGUGUGGACAGUGUGGUCAGUAUCAAGUUAGGCAUCAGCACCAUCAGCUGGGCUCGGCUGAGGGUUGGCGAUGGUCAGCUAGACUCAUGGGACCUUGUGGACAUCUCUGAGUGGGCUGAGAAGAAAUAUGACGUUCACUCCAUCUACGACUUGGUGAUGGAUAUUCGUGGGGACAUCCCUGAUGGAGAUCUUUACGUCUUAGAAAACAGCAACUGGAGUAAUGUUGCUAAUGUGAAAAAGCCAAUGAAAUUCCACAUACAAGAGGCCAUGCUUACUACAGCUAUUUGUUCUGUCUUUAAUCUUAUCGAUUCAGGAAAAGAGCCGAACACAGCAAUGCCCAACCGAGUGUAUUUCCUGAGAUCGUACACACCGUUUAGAUUGUUCAGCAAAGUGAUCGGCUCCGAGAGAGUUAGUGCUGAAGACAUUGUUUUGAACAUGAUUGCUGGAGAAGCUGAUGAACGAUUUAGGCAGAUCAGUUUUGUCAAUGGAACUUCCGACAAGUUCUUGAGUUACAACGGUUCCAUGAGAGACAGUAUGUGCCAAUCCUUGUUGCUGGUCGUUAGUUUUGCCGAACUUAUCAUGUUCAAAAACCCAACUGGUCUUAGUAUGAUUUCAAAGCCGAUAAAAAAGAAGGAGAAUAAAGAAUAAUGACUAAAGAGGGUGAACUCCCGAGUCGAGUUAAAUAAGCAUCCCUUUGGAAGACAGAUUGGCUGGACCAGCGUAAGGCUUAAGAAGGACUAGUGUUGGUGUCGCUCCAGUUUUACCUUUCAAGUUUAAACCUUAUGCUUAUGGCAUGAAGGUAUUUGAUAUACUUUGUGUGAGCUUUCAGGACAGUGUA